AUGCUAUCACAGCAAGCGCGAGUGUUGCGCAACGUUCGGUCGGCGCGAAAACCUGGCCAACGGAUACCUUGUGCUACUUUCUCGGCCUCUUCACGAUACAGCAACUACGAUGACACCAUUCAGAAUCUCAAGAUCGGAUCACACACUCGCGUUAUAUUCCAAGGAUUCACCGGCAAGCAAGCUACUGCAAAUGCAAAAGAGUCGAUAGCAUGGGGCACGAACGUUGUCGGCGGCGUAAAGCCGAAUGGUUCAGGCGAGCAUCUCGGGCUGCCUGUCCUGCCAUCUGUGAGGGCUGCAAUGGAACAGCUAAGACCUGAUGCAACGGGAAUCUAUGUCGCAGCACACCAAGCAACCGCUGCAAUUGAAGAGGCGAUCGAAGCUGAGGUGCCGCUCAUCGUAGCAUCGCAGUCCAAGUCGCGGCUCGUAGGUGCCAACGCUCCAGGAAUAAUCUCGGCGAUUGGAAGAUGCAGGAUUGGAUUUCAACCACUUCCCACAUUCUCUCCCGGACACAUCGGCAUUGUGGCAAAAUCUGGGACUCUCUCAUACGAAACCGUCGGAUCUCUGACAAGAGCUGGUGUUGGGCAAAGUCUUUGUAUCGCAGUAGGGGGUGACGUGGUGGCUGGGACCAACUUCGUUGACGCGUUGAAAGUCUUCGAGGGUGAUGUAGACACAGAGGCUAUUAUCAUCGUUGGUGAAUUAGGUGGUACAACGGAAGAGGAGGCAGCAGAUUGGAUCAAAGAUUACAGAAAGCGCGUUAAGAACCCGAAACCUAUCGCUGCUGUCAUCGGAGGCUUUGAAGCACCGCCUGGCAAAGUCAUGGGUCAUGCGGGAGCUUGGGUUGGUCUAGGAGAGGGUAAUGCAGCUUCAAAGUACAAAGCGCUGGAGGAUGCCGGUGUGACUAUGGUAGAUCACCCUGCCAAAUUUGGCGGUGUGAUGAAAGACAUUCUUGCCAAGUCAGGUCGCAAUGUGAGGAAAAUCGAACAAUCAGCAGCUCAACAGCGUCGUUCGUAUCACACUUCAAGCUUCACACGGCGGCCUAUCAUUUCCACCAGACCAUCGAUCCCACUCCAGCAAAGACGUUCUCUCCACCUUACCAAGGACCAGUCUACGAACCUUCUCGCGACAUACAAAAUUGACCUGACAACACCACCAGAGGGCUCGCCUUCGACACACUACCUAGGCAUUUCCCCACACCGCUCAGCACGCAGUCCCUCAAUCAUAGCAUCACCCACCGCAAACCCUGCCAAAAUGAACCAACGCGUCCGCCGUUUUCCGUUCGACUACCGUUCAGGUCCCAGUAAAGAAGUCAUCCAAUCUGCCAUCGCACACAUGCAACUGGACGCCGCCCCACCAAUGGCCAAAGCCCAAACCGUCGAGUUGAUCAAUAACCUCUGGAAAUUGUACAAAGAGAAAGAAGCAAUCGAUACCCACGUCAAAGUCGCUUUAUCCGUCGAAAGCGACGAGAUACUCAUCUACGAACCGUACUUGUUCUUCGACGACGCAGCCUUCAAAUCCGGCAAAAGACAGGCUGAUCUCCACGCUCUCCGUGACCAAGAGUCUGUUUUAGCAACAGAUCGAGAAGCUGAAGAAGCCGGUAUCGUGUACAUACCGCUGGGGUCUCCUGAAUUUCCGCCGGGGACUAGUCAGGCGGGAACACAGACGCCGCCGUCUUCCACAGCAGAAGAGGGACCGCGUAAUCUGAUUGGUACUUUGGUGAAUGGCGCUGGACUGGCACUAAAUACUAUUGAUACGCUUUCUCUGCGGCUUUCACAGCCGCCUUAUUCGACUUCUGCUGCUAAUUUCUUGGACACGGGUGGAAAGGCGACGUCCGCCACGAUCAAGACGUCCUUCAAACUCAUCCUGUCCGACCCCCGGGUGUCUGUAGUGUUUGUAAAUAUCUUUGGAGGACUGACGUUGUGCGAUAUGAUUGCCGAGGGUAUCAUCAUGGCGUUCAAGGAGAUCGGGGUGGAGAAACCAGUGGUCGUCAGACUGAGAGGGACGAACGAAGAGAAAGGGCAAAAGGUACUGGAAGAAGCCAAACUGCCUAUCCAUGCCUUCGACGACUUUGAAGAGGCGGUCAAGAAAGUGGGAGAACUGGCUAAUGCGAGCGGAACAAAGUGA